AUGAGCGUUGGGACCCGGACGCAGCGCAUGCGAGAAAACGUCGCCUGCUUUGAUGCCGUCGAAGCGAAAGCAGAUGCACUUUGUUGUACUUUGGAGCAGCAGCAGCAGCAGCAACAACAACAGCAGCAGCUGCAACAGCAGCAGCUGCAGCAACAGCAGCAGCUACAGAAGCAGCAGCUGAAGCAGAAACAGCAGCAGCAGCAGCAGCAGCAGCAGCAGCAACAGCUGCAGCAGCAGCAGGCAACGUUUUAG